CUCGCUAUUUACACAUGACCUGCGCGCAUAAAGCCGGCGCACGCUUGAGCAUCCAGGUGCAAGAAGGGAAUGGAUCGAACUCUUUCAGGCGACAUUUUAGUGCGUCUCCAUUAUUCGGAUUAUUCUUAAACGCACCUUUUUGAUUAAUCAGGUUACUUUUUUUUUUUUAAUAAACAUUGCGUUCUGUCCCGCCUGGUUUAUAGAAAUCUUAGAGCAUUCUGCAUGCAAUCAUGUUUUUCUUGGCAAGGGCUGUGCGUUUUGUGUACGUUUUAUUUGUGAUUUGUAAAGUAGCCCGAUCCAUGCAGAGUCAGCUGUGCGAACCUGUCAGAGUGGAUAAUCAUGACUAUGCAAAUAACAACUUCGUUGGCUCUGAAAUGAGCGCACCGCCGAAUAAAGUGGCUUUCCGAAUAAGUGCGUUUGGGCAGGAUUUUGUGCUCGACCUGCACGCGGAUUCUAGCUUCAUCGCACCCGUGCUCUCGGGGUUGGGCAUGCGUCUUGGGUCCGAGCGCGCGGACUUACGGCGCUGUUUCUACGCGGGUACCGUGAAUUCGGAUCCACUCUCAUACGCGGCUGUCAGUCUGUGCAACGGCCUACACGGCGCGUUUGGCUACGACGGCUGGGAGUAUUUUGUCAGUCCGACAAGCGACGACUCGGUGGCUUCGGGUGCGCGUCGGAGCGCAAAGAGCGCGCACCUUCUGCGGCGACGCGCCAACGCCGAGCUUGGAGGCAACAGCACGAUGCGAUGUGGCGUGGACAGCAGCCCGACACCCGAUAUCGCACACUCCUUGGAGAAGUUUAAACGCUCCGAAGAAACCAAAGCUGCCGAUAAAAGAACCGCACAGAAGAGUCGGCUCAAACGAUUUGCGUCGGUGCCUCGGUUCGUGGAGACGCUCGUGGUAGCCGAUGAGUCCAUGGCCAAUUUCCAUGGUGAUGAUCUGAGGCAUUACCUGCUUACACUCAUGGCAGUGGCGGCUCGACUCUACAAACACCCAAGCAUCCUGAACCCCAUUAACAUCGUAGUGGUCAAGUUCCUGGUGAUUACAGACGAGGAUAAAGGGCCCAAGGUGACCGGGAACGCAGCCAUGACCCUGCGCAAUUUCUGCACAUGGCAAAAGAAGAUGAACAAGAACAGCGACAAGCACCCGGAGUAUUGGGACACCGCCAUCCUGUUCACCAAAGAGGAUCUGUGUGGAGCUUCUACAUGUGACACACUGGGAAUGGCAGACGUUGGCACAAUGUGUGACCCAAAGAGGAGCUGCUCAGUGAUCGAGGAUGAUGGCUUGCCAUCUGCAUUCACCACUGCUCAUGAGCUUGGACACGUAUUCAACAUGCCCCACGAUAAUGUGAAGGCAUGUGAGGAUGUAUUUGGAAAGCUGCAGGACAAUCAUAUGAUGUCACCAACACUGAUACGGAUAAACCGCACCAGCCCAUGGUCACCGUGUAGUGCCGCUAUCAUCACAGACUUCCUGGACAGCGGACAUGGUGAUUGCUUAUUGGAUCAGCCUGAGAAACCCUUGGCGCUACCUGACGUUCUCCCUGGAGUGUCAUAUGGUCUGGAAAGGCAGUGUGAGCUGUCAUUUGGCACUGGUUCGAAGCCAUGCCCACUCAUGCAGGCACCAUGCCAGCGGCUGUGGUGCACAGGCAAGACCCGUGGUCAGCCUGUCUGUCAGACACGCCACUUUCCCUGGGCAGAUGGCACAGCGUGUGGAGAUGGCAUGAUGUGUAUGCGCGGAGUUUGCAUAGCGACACACGAGGUCACCAGGCCAAAGGUGGAUGGAAAAUGGGGUAAAUGGGGGACCUUCGGGCCUUGCUCCAGGACAUGUGGUGGUGGAGUGCAGUUGGCAAAGAGAGAGUGCAAUAAUCCAGUGCCAGACAAUGGGGGCAAAUACUGCCAAGGAGUGAGGGUCAAAUACCGGUCCUGCAGCCUCACACCAUGCCCAGAUACUGGGAAGAGUUACAGAGAGGAGCAGUGUGAGGCUUUCAAUGGCUUCAGUCUGAACACCAACCGCCUCACACCCUCUGUGGUGUGGGUGCCUAAGUACUCAGGCGUCUCCCCUAAAGAUCAGUGUAAGCUGAUAUGCAGGGCUAAUGGAACAGGCUACUUCUACGUCCUCGCUUCCAAGGUUGUGGAUGGGACUCCAUGUUCUCCGGACUCUUCAGGAGUCUGUGUUCAGGGCAAAUGUAGCAAGGCGGGCUGUGACGGUAAACUGGGCUCCAGCAAGAAGUUUGACAAGUGUGGAGUCUGUGGAGGAGACAAUAAGAGCUGCAAGAAGAUUUCUGGCCUCUUCACGAAACCCAUUCACGGCUACAACUUUGUCGUCAUGCUUCCAGUGGGUGCGUCCAACAUUGACAUCCGCCAGCGUGGCUAUAAGGGAAUGGUAAAUGAUGAUAACUACCUGGCUGUCAAGAACAGCCAAGGCGAAUACCUUCUUAAUGGCAACUAUAUAGUGUCGGCGGUGGAGCGGGACAUCCUAGUGCGGGGCAGCCUCUUGCGCUACAGCGGCACCAGUGGCCAAUCAGAGACACUGCAGGCUGUAAGGCCACUGGGAGAAGCUCUGACAGUGGAGGUGCUGUCUGUGGGCCACUUAACGCCUCCACGCAUCCGCUAUUCCUUCUAUAUCAAACGAGAAACCAAGGAGGACAAGGUGUUAAAGAAGGAGGGCAGGACUUUGGCUGAAAACAGUGUCCUUGUUGACGAAGGAGUGCUUGGGAAAGGAGCUGAUCCCCCAAAUAAAAAAAUUUCACCUCCCUAUGUCAAAGAGACUCCACCCCCUGGGAAAUGGGUGACUACUGGGUGGGAGGAGUGCUCAGUGACCUGUGGGAAUGGCCUCCAGAGGAGAUUGGUACAGUGCCUAAGAGGAGACGGCACUCCUGGGACGGACUGUGAUCCAGCCAACAGGCCCAGUGCAUUGCGGGCUUGUGGUGAUCCAUGCCCAGUAUGGCAUAUAGGUGAGUGGUCUUCCUGUUCCAAGACCUGUGGCAAAGGCUUCAAACGGCGCCCACUCCGCUGUGCCACCAAGACAGGCAUGGUUCUUCCCAGGGAUCACUGUAUGAGCAUGAAGAAGCCACAGGAGCUAGACUUUUGUUCAUUAAAACCCUGCUAAUGACACCUUUUCCCACACUUCACCUUCCAUGUUAUCUCCUUUUAUGGACUUGUCACUUUGUUAAACGAUAUACUCAACAAACAAAGAACACUUAAAAGUUAAACGAUCCAGAACUUUAUUUGUUCUGGUGCAUCUUGUUUUUUUGUCUUGCCUGCAAAGGGGAAGUAAUAUGAAGAAGAAAAAAAACUGCUAUAAAACAGAGAGAAGCAAUACCAAUAUUGCCAUGUCGGCUAACUUAAAUGCAGAUUAUCUUUUGGGCUAAAAAGAAACGUUCCACAGAGUCGAAAAUAUAGCACAGAAAUUGCCCUUGUACUGCAUGGCCUCCUUAAUUCCCUCUUGUGUUAAUGCCUCAAAAGGGUCCAGAGUGUCUGGGGUUAAGGGGUUAAGUGUUAUAUAAACAGAGUAUGGUGUAAUGGUUUGUGCAUUUUCCAUUCUCAUUUGAAAACAUGAAUUAGUCUUGUUGUCUACUUGAAUAUUUCUGGCAUAAUAAACAUUGAGAGAAUGCCAGAGCAGCAAGAUUUUAUUGAUUCCCUCCAAAAUCUUAUUUUGUAGGAGAAAAUUUCUGUCAAUUUGCUAUUUUUUAGUGACUAGAACUUUCAUGCCUUUUAAAGCAAGGUGCGGCAUCACCAGUCUACGCACCAAAUGUCACAUAGACAUAUAUAAAGGCUGAAGAAAAGGACUCCAGCUGAGUUAAUGAUCUUAAUAUUAGGAUAUUAAUCUUGCUCCUGAAUCUCAACAGGUCAUCUAUUUAUCUGUAGUUCAGGGUGAGACAGUUAGUCGUUAGAGUCCGGCCCUGCUCAUUCUGAAAACUGUGCCUCCGAGACAGGUUCUUUUUCUCAAUUAAUCAUCCAACAUCUCAUUUGUUUUUAUUUUAUCCUCUCUUUCCAGUGAGACAGAGGUGCAGCUGCUAUAAUCAAGCCCUGUCUGGUACAGUAACUAAGUUAUUACAUAUUAUAGCAAUGUCUUUUGAUGGCUUACGCCAUGAGGCAUGGUUUUGUGCCGGAUGCCAACCUGGUAAACUGUCUUUUGUACACAGUGUAAAUUCAUGUAAUGCAUAAUACAUUAAAAAGAUAUGUGUGUGUGGUUCUUUGGAGCGACCAUAUCGUCCAUCUAAAAGAUGGUUCCAAUAUGACUUGGAAUGUUUUAUCCAUUUUUUUUUCUUUUGCACUUUAGUACAGCAAAAGAGUUCAACGUCCUGCAUGGGCUGCCUUGUAUACCAUGUAUACAUCCAUCUAGCUGUGCACAAAUAAAUCCUGUAAAUACCUUUCUAUUUGAUGUAUUUUUUUACUCUGGCAUUUUGAAUUGUCAUGACUUCAAGGUAUUUAUUCCAAAUAAAACAUGUACUAACGAGA